AACCCCUUUUUUUGUCUGAGAGAGAUAUUCUGUCAUGAGUAUGAGUGUCUUGCUUAGGCCCCUGCGUCGCAGGUCCCGGCAGGCGUGGAACGGGAUCGUCCGGACUGUGCGUGACUACGCCGCCGGGAUAGACCCACGCGAUGAUUAUGAGCCGAUUGUAGGGUCGCUGCCGGAUGAGGAGACGGAAAGACGCGCUCAUGGAGUCGCUGAGAUCGAGGCGUUGGCUACGGUGUGGUCGACGAGGACCCUGCACACGGGAUAUGCUCUGGUGUUUCUGAUCUUCUUCGUCAACUCGUUUCAGCAGGAGACUACUGGGAGUUUGUCGCCAUACGCCUUUUCCGCUUUCACGGAUCACUCCCUCAUCUCGACCACGAAUGUUCUGACCAGUAUUGUUGGCGGGGUCGCGCGGCUGCCUAUCGCCAUGAUGAUUGAUAUUUGGGGACGGCCGGAGGGGUUUGGGAUAACGGUGGUUUUGUGCACGAUUGGACUAAUGCUCAUGGCGGUCUGUCGGAAUAUCGAGACCUACGUCGCUGCUCAGAUCAUUUACUGGCUCGGCUACAACGGCAUGGACUACGUCCUCCAUGUGUUCCUAUCUGAUACCACCGACCUCGUCAACCGAGCUUUCGUCUACGGGGUUGCCGGAACCCCUUACAUCGUCACGACAUUCCUCGGCCCCGCCGCUGCCCAGCAAUUCUACACCCAAGGAGCUUUAUGGUGGGGCUUCGGUGUCUUCGCUAUAGUGACCCCCAUCGUGACUGCUCCUCUUUUGGCGCUUCUUUGCAGUGCACGGCGCAAGGCACGCACGGCUGGGUUGAUCCACAGGGAGGAGAGCGGGCGCACUUGGAUGCAGUCUGUUCAGCAUUAUUUUACGCAGUUUGAUACAAUUGGGUUGGUCUUGAUUACGGCGGCCUUUGUGCUGAUUCUUUUGCCCUUGACACUUGCUUCGUCUCAGGAUAGCAUGUGGAGCUCGUCGUUGGCCGAUCGAUGGAAGUCGCCCGAUGUCAUUGCGAUGCUGUUCCUCGGGUGCGCCUGUGUCGUUGGCUUUGUGUACUGGGAGCGUUUCGGGGCCACGGUCUGUUUUGUGCCUUUCAGUCGUCUGAAGGACAGAACUCUGCUGGGUGCUUGUAUCCUCUCCGCCACGAUGUUUGCCAGCUUUUACUCGUGGGAUCUAUACCUCUCAUCCUAUCUCCAAGUGGUAUUCAACACCAGCAUCAGAGACACAGGGUAUAUCUACAACAUCUACACAAUCGGGACCUGUUUAUGGUCCGUCCCCUUAGGAUUAUUCAUCCGCCGCGUCGGCCGCCUCAAAUGGAUCGCCCUCGCCGCCAUGCCUCUCACUUUCCUGGGCACCGGCCUCAUGCUGCAUUUCCGCUCGCCAGACAGCCGCGUCAGCUCCGUCAUCAUGUGCGAGGUCUUCAAGGCCAUCUCCGGCGGCACACUCGUCAUCUGCCAGCAGAUGGCCGCCAUGGCGACCGGCGGGCACGAGACCAUCGCCGUCUCGUUUGCCUUGGUCGGGCUCUUCUCGAAGAUCGGCUCCGGCGUCGGCUCGGCCAUCUCGGGCGCUAUCUGGACCAGCACCGUCCCUCGGUAUCUGCGAGAUGCGCUGCCGGCGGACAAGAAGCAUAAGGCGGCGGAGUUGUAUGGGUCGAUUGCCACGGUGUUGGCGUAUCCGAUUGGAACGCCCGAGCGGGAUGCCACAAUCUAUGCGUAUGGGGUGGCGCAGAAGAGGAUGCUGAUUGCGGGGAUUUCCAUCCUGCCAGUCGCGGUGUUUGCGAUUCUGAUGUGGGAGGAUAUUCGGUUGAAGAAGACUAGGCAGGUUAGGGGAAAUGUCUUCUAGGUUGAUUUAGAUUUAGAGCGGUUGUUACCAUGGUGCUCUUUCCAGUGCCCAUUUGAAGAAGUUGAAUUAUGAUACCCAGAAGGCGAGCAGGAGUACCAAAUUACGUUAUUUCUGUAUAUUCAAUACCAUCUACCUUGUCAGCACUGUCAUCCCCCUUCAACUCCGUUAAUUCCUCCCCUGCACCCGGAAGAC